AUGUGUACCCCUUCGGGCCGCUUUGGCAAGUUGGAAGUGUCCCCUGAAGUGCGGGCGCAGUGGCUUAAGGGUGGAGCCCCAAGAAAGCACUUGAUGAACAUCUUGGUCAAGGCGGACGGUAACAAGGAGCUCUUCAAGAAGAGGGUGGAGCAUAUUAGAACAACAUCCCGGAGCAAGGGUUUGAUCAUAGAGUCUGGGUGGUACACGAAGAAAGCCAUGAAAGACGAGCUUGGCUGGGAUAAGGACACCAUCAAGGGGGCGGUGGCCUACUGCUCUUCGAAGGAGCGUGUGAAGACGCAUGUUCGGAGAUCCAAGUACAACCGGAAGGUGCUCGAAUAUUGGGUCGACACCAAGACCAUCGGCAAGUUCACCGCUACCGAAAGCGAGGAAAUCAAAGACUCUACGAUUGCUGAAGGGGAGGCUGACGGUUUCGUGCUUGGCCUUGAACCAGGGGAGCCUUCGGAUCCCUACCGUGGGGCCUCAGAUGACGAGGAUGACGAUGACGCUGAAAGCUCAGAGGAUGAAGGAGCAAGCAAGAAGGGUAAGGGCAAAGGCAAUGGAGGCAGAAAGCUUCCCAAGGCUGAGGUUCAGGAGGAGCGAGCUUUGGAGGCUGUCGAAAAUGUUGGCGAGGUGUUGGCCAACGUCCUCCGGACCAAGUCAAGGUUGGAGACCACUAUGGACAGGCUGCGUGAGAUCCGCAACGAGGUAACUCCAUCACACGCGUGUGGAAUUGCAGCUGGCUUUUGGGAAGAGAUUUCGGGCUUUGCGGAUACAGAAAAUAUUCCCAGCAGAGAUUUUCUGAAAGAAGCUGCUCGCCUGAAGGAGACUAAGCACGAGCACAAGUUGCAUGGGCUUCUCGAGAAGUUCAAUCUCACUGCUAGAAUCCCCAAAACCACUGUCAGCCUGGGAACAAAAUCAACGCUGGAUCAUCCCGUUUUGAGGCCCAAGGACUUCAUAUCAACGCUGUCUACAGAGGGCAAGCUAGAUUUACUUUUCUGUGGUCACACUGGCGUUGAUUACGUUGACUUUUGGAAUCUCUGGCGUCUGGUUCAAAGUGAUCAUCCAAUCUUUCGAACCCACAAAACAAGAUUGAGCUCUUGCAUCCCAAUCUGGAUGUUCGCGGAUGAGGGGACUUCCCAGAAGAAGAAAGCGCUAAUGGUAUUGGAGUAUCAGCCGAUCCUGGGGCAUGGGAGCAAAAGAGCUGAUGAUGUCAACAUGUCCGGCGUGAGCAUUACGACACGAUUCCUUUACUCGGUGUUGUCAGGGAAGAUCUAUGCUGGUAAGAAGAAGCACCAGGAACCAUUACACAAUCUGGUUAAGCAGUUUGCACAAGAUAUUGGCAAUUCCUACCACGAGCCGAUUCCAGUGCAUGGCAUUUCUUGGACAAAUGGGGUGUUCUUGAUCUGCCUGGGUCUGAAAGGUGACCUUGCAGCUUUGGUAAAGCUCGGGCAGCUGGAAAGAAAUUUUAUGAGAGACACAGCUUCUGGCUGUGGCAAAGGAAUCUGCCAUCUCUGCCGGGCAGGUCAAGAAAACUUCAGUUUUCAUGAUACAAACUUUGACGCCAUGACCAAUAUGAGGUCUUGGUUUAAAGGAGCUGAUACAGCCACGCUGUGCACCUACUUGGAGCCUAUGUUGAAGGGCAUCGUUGCGAACUUGGAUGCAGACAAUCGACACUAUGUGGGCCUCAUCAUCAAAGCGCUCUCAGCAGCCAACAGCUUCAUGAAGACGCUAUAUCAUAGCGGACUAUGGUUGCUUGAUGGUGAAAGAGAUGCUGCCAUUUUGCAUGGCCAGCAGGUUUUACUACACUUCCAGAAACUUGCAGGAAUAGCCUUUUCCUGGAACAUGACCCGUUGGAAAUUUCAGCCGAAAUUUCAUUUCUAUGCGGAAGUGCUGUACUAUCUCCAAGCGGAACGCAUGGAGGACAUACCUUCAAUCAACCCGAUUUCAUUGUCCACACAGAUGGACGAAGACUUUGUGGGACGUUUAUCGGCAGC